AGCAUGUUGGUCAUCCUCCUCAACUGUGUGACCCUGGGCAUGUUCCGGCCGUGCGAGGACAUCGCCUGUGACUCCCAGCGCUGCCGGAUCCUGCAGGCCUUUGAUGACUUCAUCUUUGCCUUCUUCGCCGUGGAGAUGGUGGUGAAGAUGGUGGCCUUAGGCAUCUUUGGGAAAAAGUGUUACCUGGGAGACACUUGGAACCGGCUUGACUUUUUCAUCGUCAUUGCAGGGAUGCUGGAGUAUUCGCUGGACCUGCAGAACGUCAGCUUCUCAGCUGUCAGGACAGUCCGUGUGCUGCGACCGCUCAGGGCCAUUAACCGGGUGCCCAGCAUGCGCAUCCUUGUCACGCUGCUGCUGGACACGCUGCCCAUGCUGGGCAACGUCCUGCUGCUCUGCUUCUUCGUCUUCUUCAUCUUCGGCAUCGUCGGCGUCCAGCUGUGGGCAGGGCUGCUUCGUAACCGAUGCUUCCUGCCCGAGAAUUUCACCCUCCCCCUGAGCGUGGACCUGGAGCGCUAUUACCAGACGGAGAACGAGGACGAGAACCCCUUCAUCUGCUCCCAGCCGCGCGAGAAUGGCAUGCGCUCCUGCAGAAGCGUGCCCACGCUGCGCGGGGAGGGCGGCGGCGGCCCGCCCUGCGGCCUGGACUACGAGGCCUACAACAGCUCCAGCAACACCACCUGUGUCAACUGGAACCAGUACUACACCAACUGCUCCGCAGGGGAGCACAACCCCUUCAAGGGUGCCAUCAACUUCGACAACAUCGGCUAUGCCUGGAUCGCCAUCUUCCAGGUCAUCACGCUGGAGGGCUGGGUCGACAUCAUGUACUUCGUGAUGGAUGCUCAUUCCUUCUACAACUUCAUCUACUUCAUCCUUCUCAUCAUCGUGGGCUCCUUCUUCAUGAUCAACCUGUGCCUGGUGGUGAUCGCCACCCAGUUCUCAGAGACCAAGCAGCGGGAAAGCCAGCUGAUGCGGGAGCAGCGCGUGCGGUUCCUGUCCAACGCCAGCACCCUGGCCAGCUUCUCUGAGCCAGGCAGCUGCUAUGAGGAGCUGCUCAAGUACCUGGUGUACAUCCUCCGUAAAGCAGCCCGCAGGCUGGCCCAAGUCUCCCGGGCAGCGGGCGUGCGGGCUGGGCUGCUGAGCAGCCCGGCACCCCGAGGGGGCCCAGAGCCCCAGCCCAGCGGCAGCUGCUCUCGCUCCCACCGCCGCCCAUCCGUCCACCACUUGGUGCACCACCACCACCACCAUCACCACCACUAUCACCUGGGAAAUGGGACGCUUCGGGCCCCCCGGGCCAGCCCGGAGAUCCAGGACAGGGAUGCCAACGGGUCCCGUCAGCUCAUGCUGCCACCACCCUCGACACCCGCCCUCUCUGGGGGCCCUCCAGGGGGCACAGAAUCUGUGCACAGCUUCUACCAUGCCGACUGCCACUUGGAGCCAGUCCGCUGCCAGGCACCCCCUCCCAGGUCACCAUCUGAGGCAUCAGGCAGGACUGUGGGCAGUGGGAAGGUGUACCCCACUGUGCACACCAGCCCUCCACCAGAGAUGCUGAAGGACAAGGCGCUAGUGGAGGUGGCCCCCACCUCUGGACCCCCUACCCUCACCAGCCUCAACAUCCCACCUGGGCCCUACAGCUCCAUGCACAAGCUGCUAGAGACACAUAGUACAGGCACCUGCCAACGCUCUUGCAAGAUCUCCAGCCCUUGCUUGAAGGCAGACAGUGGAGCCUGUGGCCCCGACAGCUGCCCCUACUGUGCCCGGGCGGGGGCAGGGGAGGUGGAGCUCGCAGGCCACGAGAUGCCUGAUUCAGACAGCGAGGCGGUUUAUGAGUUCACACAGGAAGCCCAGCAUGGCGACCUCCGGGACCCCCACAGCCGGCGGCGACGGAACCUGGGGCUGGACGUGGAGCCCAACUCUGUGCUGGCCUUCUGGAGGCUGAUCUGUGACACCUUCCGGAAGAUUGUGGACAGCAAGUACUUUGGCCGGGGGAUCAUGAUUGCUAUCCUGGUCAACACACUCAGCAUGGGCAUCGAAUACCACGAGCAGCCCGAGGAGCUUACCAACGCCCUGGAAAUCAGCAACAUCGUCUUCACCAGCCUCUUUGCCCUGGAGAUGCUGCUGAAGCUGCUCGUGUACGGUCCCUUUGGCUACAUCAAGAACCCCUACAACAUCUUUGAUGGCGUCAUUGUUGUCAUCAGUGUGUGGGAGAUCGUGGGCCAGCAGGGGGGCGGCCUGUCGGUGCUGCGGACUUUCCGCCUGAUGCGGGUGCUGAAGCUGGUGCGCUUCCUGCCGGCGCUACAGCGGCAGCUCGUGGUGCUCAUGAAGACCAUGGACAAUGUGGCUACCUUCUGCAUGCUGCUCAUGCUCUUCAUCUUCAUCUUCAGCAUCCUGGGCAUGCAUCUCUUCGGCUGCAAAUUUGCAUCUGAGCGGGACGGGGACACGCUGCCGGACCGGAAGAAUUUUGACUCCCUGCUCUGGGCCAUCGUCACCGUCUUUCAGAUCCUGACACAGGAGGACUGGAACAAGGUGCUGUACAACGGAAUGGCCUCCACAUCGUCCUGGGCUGCCCUUUAUUUCAUCGCCCUCAUGACCUUUGGCAACUACGUGCUUUUUAAUCUGCUUGUCGCCAUCCUGGUGGAGGGCUUCCAGGCAGAGGGAGAUGCCACCAAGUCCGAGUCAGAGCCCGAUUUCUUCUCGCCCAGCCUAGAUGGCAAUGGGGACAGGAAGAAGCACUUGGCCUUGGUGUCCCUGGGAGAGCACCUGGAGCUGCCGAGGAGCCUGCUGCCGCCUCUCAUCAUCCACACGGCCGCCACGCCCAUGUCGCUGCCCAAGAGCUCCAGCACCGGCCUGGCUGAGGCACUGGGCCCUGCCUCCCGCCGCACCAGCAGCAGCGGGUCCGGGGAGCCAGGGACGGCCCAGGAGAUGAAGUCACCGCCGAGUGCCCGCAGCUCCCCGCACAGUCCCUGGAGCGCAGCAAGCAGCUGGACCAGCAGGCGCUCCAGCCGGAACAGCCUGGGCCGUGCCUCCAGCCUGAAGCGGAGGAGCCCGAGCGGGGAGCGGCGGUCCCUGUUAUCGGGCGAGGGCCGGGAGAGCCAGGAUGAGGAGGACAGCUCAGAAGAGGAGCGGGCCAGCCCAGCGGGUGGUCACUGUCGCCAUGGUGGCUCCCUGGAACGGGAGGCCAAGAGCUCCUUUGACCUGCCCGACACGCUGCAGGUGCCCGGGCUGCACCGCACAGCCACUGGUCGCAGCACGGCCUCUGAGCACCAGGACUGCAAUGGCAAGUCAGCUCCAGGGCGCCUGGCCCGGGCGCUGCUGCCCGACGACCCUCCAUUGGAUGGGGAUGAUGGUGAUGAUGAAGGCAACCUGAGCAAAGCAGAACGGCUAAGAGCAUGGAUCCGAGCUCGGCUCCCUGCCUGCUGCCGUGAGCGAGACUCGUGGUCUGCCUACAUCUUCCCACCUCAGUCAAGGUUCCGCCUCCUGUGUCACCGCAUCAUCACCCACAAGAUGUUCGAUCAUGUGGUCCUUGUCAUCAUCUUCCUCAACUGCAUCACCAUCGCCAUGGAGCGUCCCAAGAUCGACCCCCACAGCGCUGAACGCAUCUUCCUGACCCUCUCCAAUUACAUCUUCACCGCAGUCUUUCUGGCGGAGAUGACAGUGAAGGUGGUGGCGCUGGGCUGGUGCUUCGGGGAGCAGGCAUACCUGCGCAGCAGCUGGAAUGUGCUCGACGGGCUGCUGGUGCUCAUCUCCAUCAUCGACAUCCUCGUGUCCAUGGUCUCCGACAGCGGCACCAAGAUCCUGGGCAUGCUGAGGGUGCUGCGGCUGCUGAGGACCCUGCGCCCGCUCAGGGUAAUCAGCCGGGCACAGGGGCUGAAGCUGGUGGUGGAAACGCUGAUGUCCUCGCUGAAGCCCAUCGGCAACAUUGUGGUCAUCUGUUGUGCCUUCUUCAUCAUUUUUGGCAUCCUGGGGGUGCAGCUCUUCAAAGGGAAGUUCUUCGUGUGCCAGGGAGAGGACACCAGGAACAUUACCAACAAGUCUGACUGUGCCGAGGCCAGUUACCGGUGGGUCCGGCACAAAUACAACUUUGACAACCUGGGCCAGGCUCUGAUGUCGCUGUUCGUGCUGGCCUCCAAGGAUGGCUGGGUGGACAUCAUGUACGACGGGCUGGAUGCUGUGGGCGUGGACCAGCAGCCCAUCAUGAACCACAACCCCUGGAUGCUGCUCUACUUCAUCUCGUUCCUGCUCAUUGUGGCCUUCUUUGUCCUGAACAUGUUUGUGGGCGUGGUGGUGGAGAACUUCCACAAGUGUCGGCAGCACCAGGAGGAGGAAGAGGCCCGGCGGCGGGAGGAGAAGCGUCUUCGGAGACUGGAGAAAAAGAGAAGGAAUCUAAUGCUGGACGAUGUAAUUGCUUCCGGCAGCUCAGCCAGCGCGGCGCCAGAAGCCCAGUGCAAACCCUACUACUCAGACUACUCCCGCUUCCGGCUCCUUGUCCACCACUUGUGUACCAGCCACUACCUGGAUCUCUUCAUCACGGGGGUCAUCGGGCUGAAUGUGAUCACCAUGGCAAUGGAGCAUUACCGGCAACCUCAGGUCCUAGAUGAGGCUCUGAAGAUCUGCAACUACAUCUUCACCGUCAUCUUCGUCUUGGAGUCCGUUUUCAAACUCGUGGCCUUUGGCUUCCGGCGGUUCUUCCAGGACAGGUGGAACCAGCUGGACCUGGCCAUUGUGCUGCUGUCCAUCAUGGGCAUCACGCUGGAGGAGAUCGAGGUCAACGCCUCGCUGCCCAUCAACCCCACUAUCAUCCGCAUCAUGAGGGUGCUGCGCAUCGCCCGAGUGCUAAAGCUGCUGAAGAUGGCUGUGGGCAUGCGGGCGCUGCUGGACACGGUGAUGCAGGCCCUGCCCCAGGUGGGGAACCUGGGACUUCUCUUCAUGUUGUUGUUUUUCAUCUUUGCAGCUCUGGGCGUGGAGCUCUUUGGAGACCUGGAAUGUGAUGAGACGCACCCCUGUGAGGGCCUGGGCCGGCAUGCCACCUUUCGGAACUUUGGCAUGGCCUUCCUGACCCUCUUCCGAGUCUCCACAGGUGACAACUGGAACGGCAUUAUGAAGGAUACCCUCCGGGACUGCGACCAGGAGUCCACCUGCUACAACACGGUCAUCUCCCCCAUCUACUUCGUGUCCUUUGUGCUGACUGCCCAGUUUGUGCUGGUCAAUGUGGUGAUCGCUGUGCUGAUGAAGCAUCUGGAGGAGAGCAACAAGGAGGCCAAGGAGGAAGCCGAGCUGGAGGCCGAGCUGGAGCUGGAGAUGAAGACGCUCAGCCCGCAGCCCCACUCACCGCUGGGCAGCCCCUUCUUCUGGCCUGGGGGCCCCGAAAGCCCUGACAGCCCCAAAUCUGGGGCUCUGCAUGCAACGGCCCAUGCCGGAGCAGCCUCCCGCCUCUCCCUCGAGCACUCGACGCUCCCCUCAUGGGCUGGUCCUCCCCAGGACAGACAGCUGUUUGACACCAUAUCCCUGCUGAUCCAGGGCUCCCUGGAGGGGGAGCUGAAGCUGAUGGACGAGCUGGCAGGCCCAGGGGGCCAGCCCUCUGCCUUCCCUCCCGCUCGCAGCCCGGGCGGCUCCGACCCACAGAUGGAACGCCACCCUGAGGAGGUGCCCCUCUCAAUGGGACCAGACCUGCUGACUGUGCGGAAGUCUGGGGUCAGCCGAACGCACUCUCUGCCCAAUGACAGCUACAUGUGCCGGGAUGGGAGCACUGCCAAGGGGUCCCUGGGACACAGGGGCUGGGGGCUCCCCAAAGCUCAGUCAGGUUCCGUCCUGUCCGUUCACUCCCAGCCAGCAGACACCAGCUACAUCCUGCAGGUUCCCAAAGAUGCACCCCAUCUGCUUCAGCCCCACAGCACUCCCACGUGGGGUACCAUCCCCAAACUGCCCCCGCCGGGCCGCUCCCCUUUGGCUCAGAGGCCACUCCGGCGCCAGGCAGCAAUAAGGACUGAUUCCCUGGAUGUUCAGGGCCUGGGCAGCCGGGAAGACCUGCUGUCAGAGGUGAGUGGGCCCUCCCCGCCUCUGGCCCGGGCCUCCUCUUUCUGGGGCCGCUUGAGCACCCAGGUGCAGCAGCAUUCCUGCGACCAGAGCAAGAUCUCGAAGCACAUGCCCCCGCCAGCCCCCUGCUCGGGCCCAGAGCCCACCUGGGGCACAGGCCCCUCAGAGACCAGAAGCAGCUUAGAGCUCGACACGGAGCUGAGCUGGAUUUCAGGAGACCUCCUGCCCGCCGGCAGCCAGGAGGAGCCCCCGUCCCCACGGGACCUGAAGAAGUGCUACAGCGUGGAGGCUCAGAGCUGCCGGCGCCGGCCCACGUCCUGGCUGGACGAGCAGAGGAGGCACUCCAUCGCGGUCAGCUGCCUGGACAGCGGCUCCCAGCCGCACCUGGGCCCCAGCCCCUCGACCCUCGGCGGCCAACCUCUUGGGGGGCCUGGGAGCCGGCCCAAGAAAAAACUCAGCCCGCCCAGUAUCUCCAUAGACCCCCCGGAGAGCCAGGGCCCUCGGCCCCCACCCAGCCCUGGCAUCUGCCUCCGAAGGAGGGCUCCGUCCAGCGACUCCAAGGAUCCCUCGGCCUCUGGCCCCCCUGACAGCAUGGCUGCCUCGCCCCCCCCAAAGAAAGACGUGCUGAGUCUCUCCGGUUUAUCCUCUGACCCGGCAGACCUGGACCCCUGAGUCCUGCCCCACUCUCCCACUCACCUUUCUCCACUGGGUGCCAAAUCCUAGCUCCUCCUCCUGGGUUAUAUUCCUGAAAACAGUUCCAUAUGGACACCGAGGGGGCGCUCCUCCCCGCCUCAGUGGCUCUGGGCACCGGCGAGCAGAAUUUCCAGAGUGGAAAGCAGCAGCCAGGGCCUCCGGCUCCAGGCAGGAAGAGAAGCCCAGGGUAGCUGAGGUUCCCGACACCAGGAGCUGUUGGGAGAAAGCAAUACGUUUGUGCAGAAUCUCUAUGUAUAUUCUAUUUUAUUAAAUUAAUUGAAUCUAGUAUAUGCGGGAUGUACGACAUUUUGUGACUGAAGAGACUUGUUUCCUUCUACUUUUAUGUGUCUCAGAAUAUUUUUGAGGCGAAGGCGUCUGUCUCUUGGCUAUUUCAACCUAAAAUAACCAUCUAGUUAUAUUCCCUCUUCUUGCAAAGCACAAGCUGGGACCACGAGUGCAUUACAGCCCGGACAGUGGCCCAUCUUCAGCGGAGAGCGAGACCCAUUUUGGAAACUGUAAUGUAAUUUAU